AUGUCACACGUCUCGAGCCAAGCGUCUGCGGACUUGAUCUGGGAGAUCGUCGGAGCCCAAAAUGCCUUCCUCGUGAAGCGCGCCCAGAGUGGAGGUGUCCGAUUCUCCCGUGAUCCUCUCAACCUGGUUAACUUGCACUCGCGCAAGCACGCCGGUUUCGUCAACGACAAGGCCGUCGGAGUUGUGCCCGCUGCUGGAGAGAAGGGAGGGGUGACUCUGAUCACCAAGAAGGUCAACCACGCCCAGAAGCCAGGACCAGGUGCCAUCAAGACCACCUUUGGCGGAAACAAGACCACGAGAAAGACCUACAAGGGCAUCGUCAACACCACAGUCAAGUCUGGAUACCGAUCUGAUCUUCGUGCCCCUGCCGUUGCCCGCGCCUCUGCCAUCCGCCAGUCCCAGCGACCCAAGAAGGACCUCCCAGAGUCGAAGCUUCGCGGAACCAAGGCGAAGAAGGCGGCGGCUGAGAAGGACGAAGCACGAUUCCUGGAGUUCUUGGCAACCACUGGUGCAGAGCCUACGGUUAUGAAUGACAUUGGCAUUGUGAAGUGGCAUGCUUUGGGUGUCGCGGGCUUUUCAAACAAACAGCAGCUUGGCAAGGGCGAAGCUGAGAAUCUUGAAGACCUUCGAGACCUUCAAGUCCUUCUGACAGAUAUCUGCAAUGCAAGACAGGUCGGCCCACUGAUGGCAGCACGGGGGGUGAAAAUCCAACUCUGGCAUGUGAACACCAUGGAGUUUUCCCGACCUUCUCCGAGACGAGACUUACACCUCGGUCAAGCUACCCAAGCUAGGGAGGGCUCAACUCAAUAUAAGCUCUUUAUGAGUUUGAUCUGGCUUGGAUUCUCACCACCUCACCAAACCGCAAAUAUGGGAAUCAAGGCCGUUGUCGCUGGUGCCUCGGGUGGAAUUGGACAGCCACUGUCCCUCCUCCUCAAAACCUCUCCCUAUGUCACCGAGCUGGCCUUGUACGAUGUCGUAAACACCCCAGGUGUCGCCGCUGAUCUCUCCCAUAUCUCUUCGCCAGCCAAAAUUACCGGCUACCUGCCCAAGGACGAUGGAGCCAAGGCUGCAUUCAAGGACGCAGACAUCAUUGUCAUCCCCGCUGGAAUUCCCCGCAAGCCAGGCAUGACCCGUGAUGACCUCUUCAACAUUAACGCCGGCAUCGUCAAAGCCCUCAUUGAAGUUAUCGCCGAAGUGGCCCCCAAGGCUUACAUUCUCAUCAUCUCCAACCCUGUCAACUCCACCGUACCCAUCGCCGCCGAAGUCCUCAAGGCCAAAGGGGUCUUUGACGCCAAGCGCCUCUUCGGUGUCACCACUCUCGACGUCGUCCGUGCGGAGACGUUCGUCGCUGAGAUUGUUGGGGAGAAGAACCCCCAGAACUUGACUAUCCCAGUCGUCGGUGGUCAUUCCGGCGAGACGAUCGUGCCCUUGUUCAGCCAGCUCAGCUCGAAGAUCCCUGAGGAGAAGCUGGCUGCGUUGGUCAAGAGAGUGCAGUUUGGUGGUGACGAGGUUGUGGCUGCUAAGGAUGGAGCUGGAAGUGCGACUCUCUCUAUGGCUUAUGCCGGAUACCGCUUCGCAGAAGCCGUCAUCAAGGCUCUCUCAGGCGAGAAGGGCAUCGUCACGCCAACAUUCAUCCACCUCGAGGGCGUCCCAGGCGGAGAUGCCAUCGCUAAGGAGACCGGCUGCGACUUCUUCUCCGUGCCUGUCGAGCUGGGCACUUCCGGAGCCGAGAAAGCGCAGAACCCACUCACCAAACUCGACGAGAAGGAGAAGGUCUUGCUCAAGGCCUGCGUAGAAGGCCUCAAGGGCAACAUCAAGAAGGGCGUCGAUUUCGCCCACAACCCACCUCAAAAGUAG